AUGAUCCACAUAAUCACCGGCACCCUCUUGGGUUUGCUAUUUCUUGCGACGGGCGCCCGAGCUCAAUUCCAAUUCUUCGAGCAAAUGUUUGGUGGCGGACAACAGCAACAGGAGUCCCAAGAGCACAAUGUCCCCAGUGACAGUUCCUGGUACCAACGAACCUAUGACAACGGUGUUGAAGAUAAAUUCGAACUAGGUGACGGAAGCGCAAUUUGUGUGUCGAAGGGUGGGUUCAAGCCUGGUGAAGCUGCAAGAAAGGUCGAAUUGGCCAGGAAAGGAUUGCUGUGA